UAUGACAACAAAGAAGAAGAAUUCAUUUUCCCAAACAUUGAAAUCAUGGCUGCGUCUAUAGAAAGUUUACUGGAGGAAAUCUCCGGUGUUGAAGAUCCAAUAGAGGAGCUGCAGAGCCUGAAAACAGCGUUAUUAUCUAUCCCUGUCAGCGCGUUGAGAGACUCAGUGAGCGGACAGCGGUUUAACGUCAUCUUCUCUCUGUUGCACUCAGAGGACAGGGAGCAGGUUGAGCUGUGUGUGGACAUCCUUGAGCGCAUCUUAAUGGCCCUUAGCCCCUUGUCCCUGGCUCAGAACUACAGAGUGGAGCUGCAGGCGGGUCUGACUCAUCCUAAUGAAACGGUUAAGAUACUGGCCUUGACACAGAUCGGUAGAAUGGUGGACAACCCCGACGCUGCCACUGAAAUCCUCAACAACCACGACAUUCUUGGAGGGGUGAUCCGAUGCAUCGGAGAGGAGAAAUUGGCCGUGGCGAAGCAGGCCAUCAAGUCCCUGACCAAACUGAGUCACUCCAAGCCCGGGUUAGACAAACUGUUCCAGAGCGACCUGCUGAAAGUUAUGAAGGAUGUGAUGGCCACAAGCGACAUUAUCAGAUACAGAAUAUAUGAGCUGGUGGUGGAAAUCUCGUCUGUGUCUCCCAUUUCCCUCGGUUAUUGUGCCAACAGCAGCUUCAUUUCUCAGCUGCUUGGAGAACUGACAGGAGAUGAUGUAUUGAUCAGAGCCACAUCCAUUGAGAUGGUGACAUCUCUGGCCCGCAGUCAGCAUGGCCGGCAGUAUUUGGCCCAGCAGGGUAUAAUGGACAAGUUCUCCAACAUGAUCAGAGGAGCAGACACUGACCCGUUCUCCUCCCUCUACCUUCCUGGUUUGGUGAAGUUCUUUGGAAACCUGGCCAUUAUGGACAGCCCGCAGCAGGUUUGUGAAACCUACCCGGCCUUCCAGAACAAGGUGUUUGAGAUGGCCCUCGACCCGGACCCCGCGAUGAACGGCGUGGCUCUGGACACUUUGGGACUACUCGGAUCUACUGUGGAGGGGAAGCAGGUCCUUCAGAAAACAGGAGAAAAGUUCAAGUCUGUGUUGGUAAGAAUGAGCCAGCAGGCCAGCUCUGGAGCUACAGCGCUCAGAGUGCGCUGCUUGGACGCCAUAUCACAACUUCUCACUUUACAGCCAGAGGAGCAGACAGAAGACCUCUUGGCCCUGACAGAGUCCUGGUUCCUCCUGUUGUCCAACCAGCCCAUGGACAUGAUCUGCAACAUCAGCACUCAGCCGUUCCCAGAGCUGCAUUGUGGGGCUUUGCGGAUAUUCACUGCCAUUGCCAUUCAGCUGUGGGGUCAGAAGUUAAUGAUCAGCACUCCCAGUUUCAUGGAGUUCAUUUUGGAUCGUUCAGCGGGUCGGACGAAGGAGGCCAAAGACGCUAAAUUUGAACUGGUGGGGUCACUGGUGGGUUCGUCAACAGCUGCAGAGAUACUGGGCAGCCAGCAUUACAUCCGUCUGAAGUCUUAUCUCAGAGAGGGACCUUACUACGUUACGGCUGUGGCCGCAGUCGGCACAGAAGGAGCAGACUGAUUCAACCACACUCUGAUACACUUCAUGGGUUUCUCGUUGCUUAAGUAAUGGGUAAGUGCCUGAAUAAUCUAACCAUGGGUUAACAUAUCAUAUACUCUGCUAUAAUAAAGUCAUCUCUGAUUAAUACAUAUAGUUCUGGACAUGGUGCUCAGUUGUUUAAAACUUCAUGUUAUGUCUAAUUAAAAGUGACUGACACACUUUCAGUAGCUUGAUGAACAUCUAUUCUUUUGGACAGACACAUUGAGUCGCUACAACUGUGGAAUAAAUAUAGUAGAGUGGCAAGUAUAGUUUUGAAAUGCAAGAGAGUAAAGGGACAAAAUCCCUGUGCAUUAAAGGGGCACUACACUGUGUUAUACAGCAUGUUCAGUUUAUUUGUCAUAAAGGAGUGCUACACAGCCUGUGAAAAAUGUUUUCUAAUGUCAUCAGAGUUAUCUCGGUUUGGGUUUAGAGACGAUGCGUUUUUAACUAAGUUUGCGUUACAAACGGGGUGUGGAGUUUGAAAGACUUGGUUCUAAUGGAAGUUUCUAUUGAGUUGCACUAUGGGAAAUGUAGGAUCCAGUGUGUUUGAAGUUUGAAUAAAAGUUAAGAUAUUUCAGAAUCUGCUACUUUGAUUUUUAAUAUAUUUUUUUUUAUCUAUCUCCCAAGUCACCCAACUUUAUAGAAAUGCAACACUAAAUCACAGGAGUAUCCCUUUAACAGUUGGAGCCCACUUAUUAUUGCAACGCUCAUGCAACAAGAUGAACAUCCAUAAUGAAUGUGUUGGAAAACCACACACACAAAUGCAUCACACAUGAUGCUAUAACUGCACAAGCAGAGUCACCAUUAUGUGAUAAUGGAAACAUCACAAUGAUAUGUUAACACAUGCUUGGUUACGGAGUCUUUACCAAGUACUUGAGCAAUAAUUAAAGAGGCUUACAAGAUAGAAAAGUUUACCAUCAAGGCACUUAUACACAUUAAUUCACAUUAUAUACAGCAUUUUUCAAAUCUCAUUAAUCAGACUCCCACUCUCCAAAUCCUUCAGAUAUUGAUUUUCUUGUGUCAAAAAUAUUUUUGUUUACCAAAUGGAAUGAUUGUUUUUGUAUUAAAGAGGAAGCAGUCUGACAAAU